ACCCCGUGUGCAACGCCUGCGGGCUCUACUACAAACUGCACCGGGUGAACCGGCCGCUGACCAUGCGCAAGGACGGAAUCCAGACCCGCAACCGCAAGGUCUCGGCCAAGGGCAAGAAACGGCGCCAAGGGGGGGGCCCCGGCCCGGGGGGGGUCCCCGAAACCUCGGUGGGGCCUCCCCUGCCCCCCCCCGCGCCCCCCCAGCCGCCCCCCGAGGACCCGGCCUCGCUCUUCGCCCUCGGGCCCCUCGUCCUGUCCGGGCACCUCCUGCCCUUCGCCCCCGCCGGGCCCUUCCUGGGGGGCCCCAGCGGCGACUACGCGGCCCCCCCCGUCCCCAGCGCGGCGCCCCCCGGGCUCAGCCCACAGCUCUAA